AUGGACGAGCCGCCCUUCAGCGACGCGGCCCUGGAGCAGGCGCUGGCCGAGCCGUGCGAGCUGGACGCGGCGCUGCUGACCGACAUCGAAGGUGAAGUCGGCGCCGCGCGGAGACCGGCAGGCCAGCCGCCGGGGCGCCCCGAAGGGGCGGCGGGCGCGGGCCACGGAGCCAUGGAUUGCACAUUCGAAGACAUGCUUCAGCUCAUCAACAACCAAGACAGCGACUUCCCGGGCCUGUUCGACCCACCGUAUGCCGGGGGUGGGGCAGGGGGCACAGACCCUGCCAGUCCUGAUGCCAGCUCCCCAGGCAGCUUGUCCCCAUCUCCUGCCACAAUGAGCUCUCCACUGGAUGGAUUCCUUGGGGGACCCAAGGCGACACCUCCACCCUCGUCCCCUCCCCAGCCUGCCCCCACCUCACUGAAGAUGUACCCACCUGGGCCUGCUUUCUCCCCUGGGCCUGGCAUCAAGGAGGAGCCACUGCCGCUGACUAUCCUGCAGCCCCCAACCCCGCAGCCCCUGCCAGGGUCCCUCCUGCCCCAGAGCUUCCCAGCUCCAGCCCCACCACAGUUCAGCUCUGCCCCUGCAUUGGGCUAUCCCGGCCCCACUGGAGGCUUCUCCACAGGGACCCCUCCAGGGAGCACCCCGCAGCCGCUGCCUGGCCUGCCACUGGCUUCCCUGCCAGGGGUCCCGCCCGUCUCCUUGCACACCCAGGUCCAGAAUGCGGCCCCCCAGCCUCUGUUGACAGCCACAGCCAACCCCACAGCAGCCCCCGGAACAACCACUGUGACCUCGCAGAUCCAGCAGGUCCCGGUCCUGCUGCAGCCCCACUUCAUCAAGGCUGACUCUUUGCUUCUGACAACCAUGAAAACAGACAUGGCAACCACUGUGAAGGCAGCGGGUAUCAGCUCCCUGGCCCCUGGCACGACUGUACAAACGGGGCCCUUGCAGACCCUGGUGAGCGGAGGAACUAUCCUGGCGACGGUACCUCUGGUAGUGGACACUGAGAAGCUGCCCAUCAACCGGCUAGCAGCUGGUGGCAAGGCCCUGGGCUCGGCUCAGAACCGUGGUGAGAAGCGCACAGCCCACAACGCCAUUGAGAAGCGCUACCGUUCCUCCAUCAACGACAAAAUCGUGGAGCUCAAGGACCUGGUGGUGGGCACUGAAGCAAAGCUGAAUAAGUCUGCUGUCUUGCGCAAGGCCAUCGAUUACAUCCGCUUCCUACAACAGAGCAACCAGAAGCUCAAGCAGGAGAACCUGAGUCUCCGCGCUGCUGCCCACAAAAGCAAGUCACUGAAGGACCUGGUAUCAGUCUGUGGCGGAGGAGGAAAUACAGACGUGCCCAUGGAGAGCGGGAAGCCUGAGGUGGUGGACACACUUAGCCCGCCACCCUCGGACGCUGGCUCGCCGUCUCAGAGCAGCCCCUUGUCCCUGGGAGGCAAGAGCGGUGGCAGUGCCGGCAGUGGCAGUGACUCGGAGCCUGACAGCCCAGUCUUUGAGGAUAGCCAGGUGAAGCCGGAACAGCUGCUGUCCCCCCACAGCCGGGGUAUGCUGGACCGCUCCCGCCUGGCCCUGUGCACCCUUGUCUUCCUCUGCCUCUCCUGCAACCCCCUGGCCUCCUUGCUGGGCAGCUGGGGUUCCCCCAGCCCCUCGGAUGCCGGCAGCACCUACCAUGGUCCUGGCCGCAAUGUGCUGGGCACCGAGGGCAGAGAUGGCCCUGGCUGGACCCCGUGGCUGCUGCCCCCGCUGAUCUGGCUAACCAAUGGGCUGCUGGUGCUCGCCUCCUUGGCGCUUCUCUUCAUUUAUGGAGAGCCGGUCACACGGCCCCACUCUGGCCCUGCUGUGCACUUCUGGAGGCAUCGCAAACAGGCUGACCUGGACCUGGCCCGGGGAGACUUUCCUCAAGCUGCACAGCAGCUGUGGCUGGCCCUGCGGGCCCUGGGCCGGCCACUCCCCACCUCCCACCUGGACCUGGCCUGUAGCCUACUCUGGAACCUCAUCCGCCACCUGCUGCAGCGUCUCUGGGUGGGCCGAUGGCUGGCAGGCCGGGCAGGAGGCCUGCACAGGGACUGUGCCCUGCAGGCGGACGCUCGCACCAGCGCCCGGGACGCGGCACUCGUCUACCACAAGCUGCACCAGCUGCAUACCAUGGGGAAGUACACAGGUGGGCACCUCACUGCCGCCAAUCUGGCACUGAGUGCCCUCAACCUGGCGGAAUGCGCAGGGGAUGCCGUGUCCGUGGCCACGCUGGCUGAGAUCUAUGUGGCCGCUGCACUGAGGGUCAAGACCAGUCUCCCGAGGGCCUUGCAUUUUCUGACACGCUUCUUCCUGAGUAGUGCCCGCCAGGCCUGCCUGGCACAGAGCGGCUCGGUGCCUCUUGCCAUGCAGUGGCUAUGCCACCCUGUGGGCCACCGUUUCUUCGUGGAUGGGGACUGGGCCGUGUGCAGUGCCCCAAGGGAGAGCCUGUACAGCUUGGCCGGCAACCCAGUGGACCCCUUGGCCCAGGUGACCCAGCUGUUCCGCGAACAUCUCUUGGAGAGGGCAUUGAAUUGUGUGGCUCAGCCCAGUCCCAGCCCUGGAUCAGCUGACGGGGACAGGGAGUUCUCUGACGCCCUUGGGUACCUACAGCUGCUGAACAGCUGUUCUGAUGCUGCCGGGGCUCCUGCUUGCAGCUUCUCCAUCAGCUCCAGCAUGGCCACCACCACUGGCACAGACCCCAUGGCCAAGUGGUGGGCCUCACUGACCACCAUGGUGAUCCACUGGCUGCGGCGCGAUGAGGAGGCGGCCGAGCGGCUAUACCCGCUGGUGGAGCACCUGCCCCGUGCCCUGCAGGAGUCUGAGAGACCCCUGCCCCGGGCGGCUCUGCACUCCUUCAAGGCUGCCCGGGCCCUGCUGGGCCGCGGGAAGGCAGAGUCUGGCCCAGCCAGCCUGGCCAUCUGUGAGAAGGCUAGUGGGUACCUGCAGGACAGCCUGGCGACCACACCAGCUGGGAGCUCCAUUGACAAGGCCAUGCAGCUGCUCCUGUGUGACUUGCUCCUGGUGGCACGAACUAGCCUGUGGCGGCGGCAGCAGCCACCCGCACCCACCCAGGCCUCACAGGGCCCGGGCGCCGGGGCCCAGGCUUCUGCCCUCGAACUGCGUGGCUUCCAGCGGGACCUGAGCGGCCUGAGGCGUCUGGCACAGAGCUUCCGGCCCGCCAUGCGGAGGGUGUUCCUGCACGAGGCCACGGCCCGGCUGAUGGCAGGGGCCAGCCCCACGCGGACGCACCAGCUCCUGGACCGCAGCCUGCGGAGGAGGGCCGGCCCCUGCGGCAAAGGUGCGCGGGGCCAGGGCGCAGUGGCCGAGCUGGAGCCACGGCCCACGCGGCGGGAGCACGCCGAGGCCCUGCUGCUGGCCUCCUGCUACUUGCCUCCCGGCUUCCUGUCGGCGCCCGGGCAGCGCGUGGGCAUGCUGGCCGAGGCGGCGCGCACGCUCGAGAAGCUUGGCGAUCGCCGCCUGCUGCACGACUGCCAGCAAAUGCUCAUGCGCCUGGGCGGCGGGACCACCGUCACCUCCAGCUAGAUCCCCGUCCGCGGCCCCGCCGGGCCGGAGCCUCGACGGCCAGAGGCAGCGCUGGAGACCCCGAGUGUCCACGGUGCAGCUACGUACCGCACUGUCUGCGGGGGGGGGGGGGGGGGGAGGCACAUAGGGGCUUUUGCUGCCUCUUGACCUGGUUGGCCGGAGGGGGCGCGACCCCAGCCCCCCCACUGCACCCCAACGCGACGAGCGGCGGCCAGCGUGGUGCUGACCUCUGGUGGCCGAUCGGGGGAUUGCAGGGGCUCCUUGCCCUGCAGGCACCGAGUGGCUUUUCCCUCUCCCGCGUCAGGGAGGGGUACAUCUCACUGAGCUGAGGGGGGCCUACUCCAAGGCGCCUCUCUCCCUUCUGGAGAGACUUGUACAUAGUGUAGAUCAGGGUGCACCAGCCUCCUGACCUCUAAGGCUCAAGUGUUACGUUGCCUUUUGCAAACUUUAUUUUCAUAGGUUGAGAAGUUUUGUACAGAGAAUAAAAAAUGAAAUUAU